AUGAUUCAAACUUUGGCAUAUCCCACUUCGGACGGAAUCCUCCCCCUAUCCUUGAUUCCCACACACAAUACUACACUCUCUUAUGCCAUUCCCCAUCGCACUACCAGAGAGCUAGGACGGUAG